AUUAGCCGCAGUCGGCGGCGCUUAUGAGACUGGAGACCAAAAGGCUUGCCAAAGGCUGUGCAGCUCAGAAGUGGCAGUCCCGGGGCGCUGCCCCUGCCCCUACAUAGUGCCCUUCACUCUGGGCCAGAGGCAGCAUGGUCCGUGGGACACCAUGGGACCUGACAGAGUAACAGCCAGAGAGCUGUGUGAGAAUGACGACCUUGCCACCAGCCUCGUCCUGGACCCCUACCUCGGCUUCCGCACCCAUAAGAUGAACGUCAGCCCCGUGCCCCCCCUGCGGCGACAGCACCACCUGCGCUCAGCGCUGGAGGCCUUCCUGAGGCAGCGGGACCUGGAGGCUGCGUACCGGGCCCUGACGCUGGGAGGCUGGAUGGCCCACUACUUCCAGAGCCGGGGCCCCCGGCAGGAGGCUGCCCUCAAGACCCACAUCUAUCGCUACCUCCGAGCCUUCCUGCCUGAAAGCGGCUUUACCAUCCUGCCCUGUACACGCUAUUCCAUGGAGACAAAUGGAGCCAAGAUUGUGUCUACCAGAGCUUGGAAGAAGAACGAGAAGCUGGAACUGCUGGUGGGCUGCAUUGCGGAGCUGCGGGAGGCCGACGAGGGGCUGCUGAGGGCCGGGGAGAACGACUUUAGCAUCAUGUACUCCACCCGAAAGCGCAGUGCGCAGCUGUGGCUAGGCCCCGCUGCCUUCAUAAACCAUGACUGCAAACCCAACUGCAAGGUGAGACUUGGACCCCCCCACCAAGGAGUGGGCAUGAGGGAACCGACAGGGCCCCGGGGAGGCGCAUUUGGGUCAGUGACUAGGCAGAAAGUGCCCAGAGUCCCCCACCCCUGGCCACAACCCUGUUUGUGCCCGCAGCUGUCUGAGUCAAUGAGAAGAAUUUGGAAGGGGGGGGGGUUGGCCAGAGUCAUGGCCGUGCCACUUGGAGGGGGUAGUGUGGUGAUGGGGAGACAAAGUGCCCCUGCACCUGGAGCCCCAGGCCUGACCGGAGACGCACCCCGGCCACAGCAGGAGGCAGGGGGUGCCACCUGGGUGAGGCCAGAGAGUCCCCUAGAGCAGGAGGCUCAGAGGCAGGACUUCCAGGCAGAGGGGGUGAUCUGGGGAAGCGGUGCUCUGCGGGGGCCGCUGUCGCUGUGUUCUCUGUGUUGGAGCAUGGAGUUGCGAGAAAGGAGAGCUGUCUUGGGGAGGCCUUGGGUGCACAUCCUGCCAAGCGUGGAGCCCCAAGGUGUGACAGGGGAUUCGGCGCUGGGGCUCCCGGGUUAGAACUGGGUUCGAGUGCUGGCUGCAGCACCCCCAGCUGUGUUCGCUCCUCUCCGACGGCCUCCCGCCACGGAGGUGAAGCUCACACCCUUGGUUCCUGUGCUGUGUGACUGCAGGCCAGUGACGCGGCUUUGCGGUGGGAAACAUGCAGGGUAGGACGGAAAACAAGGCUCUGUAGUGACGUGGGUGGCAGCCCCCUGAGGGCCCGGGAGCCGGGCACCUUGUGGAACAGGGAGGCUGCCCAGAAGUCAGAGCCAGAGCCAGGCGCUGAAGGAGGACCAGGAUUUUCCUAGGUGUUGAAGGAAAACCGAGGCGUGUCAGGGCAUCCCAGACAGGUGCGGCUCAGUGGAGGGCCGGGAGGCAGGCCCGGCAUGCUAACCGUGGCCUCGCAUGCCACGGAGGAGCUCAGUCUGCCCUGUGGACGCUCCCACUGGGUGAAUAAUGGGGCUGGGUUUUGAGAUGGCCCUGGCAGCUGAUGAACCAGCAGCUUGGCAGGAAUGGAGAGGGACCAGAGGCUGGCGCGUGACCUGAUGUGUGACCUGCUGCGUAACUGAGAGAGAGGUCGGCUCCAGCUAGAGGCUGGGGGAAUGGAGAGGACAAGGACACAAGACCUUGUGCAUGGAGGCUCCGGCCAGUUGGCCUGGAAUCGGGCAGGCAGGCGGUGAGAGCCACCCCCAGGCGUGUGUCAGGCUAGAGGGGACCAGUGGGAGUCCCACUCCUCUCAGAGGGGGAGCAGGGGGCAGGAGUGGCCGGCGGGGCAGCCAUCCCAGACCGGGGCUGCAAAGUGGACAGGCACUGGGAAGGGAGCUGGCCAGGACCAGCAGAGCUUGGACCCGGCUGGCAGAGCUUGGACCUGGCCGCCAGGGUGCAGGCUGGCAGGGAGUGGGGAGUGGGUUGCGGCAGGUCAGAGGGGGCCGAGGAAGAGUGCAGGAGGGAGCAGCCAGUAGGCACUGCCAGCACUGCCAGGGGCCAGUUAGAGCAUCAUCCUGCAGGGAGGGGUGGAGGCCAGCAAAUGGGUGGGAAGUCAGGGCGUGUGCGGAGGGCAGGCCCUGGAGGGGUGGCCCCCCCCCAGCUCUGGGCUCCCAGCCCCUGCCCACCACUGCCCGCCCCUGCCCCAGUCCCCAUCCCUGGGAGUGUACCUGGCCAGGCGGGGUAGAGCCCCCCAGCCCCCAGGACAGGCCGCUGAGCAGCCCGGACCCCAGUUUGUGCCCGCAGAUGGGAACGCGGCCUGCGUGAAGGUGCUCCGGGACAUUGAGCCUGGGGAUGAGGUGACCUGUUUCUACGGGGAGGGCUUCUUUGGUGAGAAGAAUGAGCACUGUGAAUGCUACACCUGUGAGAG